AUGAUGAUGUACAAACUCAUGAAUAAUCAAGAGAAGGCCAACAACAAUUAUGAAGCGUCUAUGAGGAACCUUGAAAGGAGUGGAAAGAUAUUGGGAGAUGAUACCAAGGUUGCCAGCAAGGAACAAACAGAGGUUGAUAAGAAUGACAAGAAGGACUCCAAGAAAGAUGAAGAACCACAAACUUCACUGAAGGGCAAGAAACCAUCAGAGGCACAACCACAGGAGCAGAGGAAGGAGGUGAAGCCAUAUGUCCCUCCACUACCCUAUCCUCAGAGAUUGCACAAGGAGCUCAAAAACCAACAAUUCCCUAAAUUCUUGGAGAUUUUCAAGAAGCUAAAGAUCAAACUUCCACUUGCUGAAGCGUUAGAACAGAUGCCACUCUAUGCAAAGUUCCUCAAGGAACUCAUUAACAAGAAAAGGAGUUGGAAAGAAAAAGAAACUGUGAUUCUGAGCCAGGAGUGUAGUGCUGUAAUUCAGAAAGGAUUGCCACCAAAACUCAAAGAUCCAGGGAGUUUCUUCAUACCAUGUACUAUUGGGAAAAUACCAAUUGAUAAAGCUCUGUGCAACUUGGGUUCAAGCAUCAACUUGAUGCCACUUUCGAUGAUGAGAAAGCUGUCAAUAGAAGAGGUGAAGUCCACCAGAAUGUCACUACAGCUACCUGAUAGAUCCCUCAUAAUACCCAAUUGA